AUGGCCACAAACUUCGAGCUCGAAGACCAGAAAUAUCUGGAAGACGUCAACGCCGUCAAGCAAUGGUGGACUGACUCACGAUGGCGAUACACCAAACGCCCCUUCACAGCUGAGCAGAUUGUCGCGAAGCGCGGCACACUCAAGAUCGAGUAUCCGUCCAAUACACAGGCUAAGAAGCUCUGGGGUCUUCUUGAGGAGAGAUUCAAAGCCAAAACUGUUAGCUACACAUACGGUUGCUUGGAACCGACUAUGCUUACGCAGAUGAUCAAAUACCUCGAUACCAUCUAUGUCUCUGGAUGGCAAAGCUCUUCAACCGCCUCAUCGACAGAUGAGCCUUCUCCUGAUCUCGCAGAUUACCCCAUGAACACCGUCCCCAACAAAGUCAACCAGUUAUUCAUGGCCCAACUCUUCCACGACCGAAAACAGCGCGAAGAGCGCAUCACCACCCCCCGCGAAAAGCGCGGCUCCGUCCAAGACUACGAUUACCUCCGACCCAUCAUCGCCGAUGCUGAUACGGGACAUGGUGGUCUCACUGCUGUCAUGAAGCUUACCAAACUCUUUGUGGAGCGUGGAGCGGCUGGKAUUCAUAUUGAGGAUCAGGCGCCGGGUACGAAGAAGUGCGGUCACAUGGCUGGAAAGGUCUUGGUGCCGAUUAGUGAACAUAUCAACCGUCUGGUUGCUAUUCGUGCCCAGGCUGAUAUCAUGGGAACCGACCUCCUUGCCAUUGCACGAACAGACUCUGAAGCCGCCACCCUCAUUACUUCGACCAUUGACUACCGCGACCAUGACUACUUGCUCGGAUCCACCAACCCCAGCCUCCAACCUCUCAACGACCUGAUGGUCGCCGCCGAGCAAUCCGGCAAAUCAGGCGAUCAGCUUCAGGCCAUCGAAGAUUCCUGGAUCGCGCAAGCCGGCCUCAAGAAAUUCGAAGACGCCGUUAUCGAGACCAUCAACAAAGGCACCUCUGCCAAUAAGAAAGAACUCGUCGCCAAAUACCUGAGCUCUGCCAAGGGCAAGAGCAACACCGAAGCCCGCGCGAUUGCCAAGGGAAUCACCGGAGUUGACAUCUACUGGAAUUGGGAUGCGCCUCGAACCCGAGAGGGAUACUACAGGUACCAAGGCGGUACUCAAUGUGCGGUCAACCGUGCCGUCGCUUAUGCGCCGUUUGCCGAUUUGAUUUGGAUGGAGAGUAAGCUUCCUGACUAUAAGCAAGCCAAGGAGUUUGCCGAUGGUGUGCAUGCCGUCUGGCCCGAGCAAAAAUUGGCAUACAACCUCUCACCAUCCUUCAACUGGAAAGCAGCCAUGUCCCAAGACGAACAACUUACCUAUAUUGAGCGCCUCGGCAAGCUCGGCUACUGCUGGCAAUUCAUCACCCUUGCCGGUCUGCACAGUACAGCCCUUAUCACUGAUCAAUUCGCUUCCGCAUACGCCAAACAAGGUAUGCGCGCAUACGGCGAGCUUGUCCAGGAGCCCGAGAUGGACCGCAAAGUCGAUAUUGUCACGCAUCAGAAAUGGAGUGGUGCGAAUCUGAUUGAUCAUAGUCUUGCGAUGGUUACGGGUGGUAUUAGCAGUACAGCAGCUAUGGGUAAGGGUGUCACUGAGGAUCAGUUCAAGUCGUAA